AUGCCUUCUGUAGGCCCCGAACUACCUCCCCAUCUUCAAAAACGAAAGCGCUCGAUUGAUGAUUCCGAAGUACCUAAUUCACCACCGCGCAAAAUACAAGCAGCAGCUCCACCACGAGUUCUUGGUCCCUCUCUACCACCUUCAACAAAUCCAGAUGAAGUCAAUAUAGAAAGCAGCGACGACGAUGACUAUGGCCCACCAAUUCAGCCCUCCAACGCCAAGAAGCCUCAAUCUCCACCACGAAGAGUUAUAGGACCCUCUGCACCACCGAAAUCUACCUCUCCACGCAUCACAGGUCCUUCCCUACCUUCCAAAAAUCCAGAUGAGCUCGAAAUCGCAAGCUCAGACGAUGACGACUCGUAUGGUCCUUCGAUUCCCACUCAACGAAAGCCAUCCCCGCCACCAAAACGCAUUUUAGGGCCCGCUCCUCCACCCGCUUCCCUCUCGGAACGACCUUCAUACCCAGCAAAUUCAGAUUCAGACAGCGACUCAGACUAUGGCCCUUCCCUCCCUCCCACAGCAGGAAGCGCCGCCGCCAUUGCUCUCGCAUCUCAGCAGGCCCGUGAAGCCCAGGCGGCGGCCGCUAAAUCAAAUGAGCCUGCGAAACCCCAACGUCCAGACUGGAUGCUUGCCCCUCCCACAUCCUCCGACUGGACCACCAAGAUCGAUCCUACCAAACUGAAAGCGCGCAAGUUUGCAGGAGGCAAGGGUUCCAAAGCACCGGCCGAGAAGACGGGCGUAUCUGCCAUCUGGACUGAAACUCCUGAAGAAAAGCGUCAACGACUUGAGGAUGCGGUUUUGGGCCGUCAAGAAUCUGCUGCUUCUACUAGUAAUGGAUCUGCGCGUACAAUAGCUGAGAGUAGGGCGGCAGAAGAGACUGAUAGGAGGGUUAGGGAAUAUAAUGCUAAGAAUAGAGGGAAAUCUCUAUAUGAAGCGCAUGCAGAAGGGAGCGUAGUAGGAGGAAAGGGAAAGAAGGAGGAAGAGGAUGACCCCAGUAAGAGGGGUUUUGAUAGAGAAAAGGAUAUGGCAUUGGGGGGUCGAUUAGGACAUGCAAAGAAGAAGGAAUUGCUGAAUAAAGCCGCGGACUUUGGCAGUCGAUUUCAGAAGGGUAGCUAUCUGUGA